AUGGACUUCAGAAAUUACAUUUCGCCGUUUUUUUAUCACUUGCAGCAGGCGUACCUGCGAUCGCAGCAGCAGCAACAACAACAACAACAAUACCAACAUCAGCAUAAUUUAGGGUCGAAAUAUUUGCUGGAAAGUGUGUUGCAGCAACAACAACAGCAACAGCAGCAGCACCAGCCACAACACGAACAUAGAAAAUUCUACCAGCACCCACUGAUCCAUCCGUCACUUGCCCAUUACGGCACUAAAAAGUACAGCAACAGCAGCAACAACAUUAUUAACACAAAUGAUUUUGAAAAGACAAAAGACGACGACGACGACGACGACGUGAUGACGUCACACAACGACACUAAAUCGCACGUGGAUAUAUUGCCGGAAGAUGAGGCCGAUAAUGAUGACGAUUGCAUCGGUGUGGAGAGCGUCGGUUUAAAGACUUUAGAGCUCAGGGUGGCAAGUGAGGGGAUUGUUCGGGGUGCACUUCGGAGGUUCUGCGUCACUCUGGUCUGUUUAACAGUAUUAAUGUUGAGUAGUAAGGAAAGUUCUCAAACGUGGCAUGGCACUCGUACCCACCCACAUCUCUCUUACAGCCACCUCCUUUACUGCAGUCAAAUUUUUGACUAUAGCCAAGCUCUUAUUUUCACCUUGUUUCAUUUGCUGACAAGUUUUGUUCUGCAGGCAGUCUCUUGUUUGCAGUGUGUUUCUAAAAGUUACGGCCAUCUUGGAUGCGGAAAUGACGUCACAGAAAAAUUUGAAUCUUUUUGUUCCGGAAGAGGAAGUUGUUCAAUAAACGUUAUCUCCAUGCAUAAUCUUUUGAGUGGGGUCUGUCCGCCCGACCUCAAGGCGUACUUAGAAGUCGCUUUCAUAUGCGUUGAUGUUCUCCGCCUACCCGAUCAAUACAACGACAACUCACAAAACACUUUUUUAUUAUCAUCAUCGUCGCCAUCACCCGACUUGCCAACAAAAUUUUCUUCAUCUGCGGCUAAGUGCCUAACUAAUGACUUGAUUGAAUUUCAAAAUGACGAACACAAGCGAGCCUCAUCAUCGUCAUUACCACCAUCGUCACCAGCAACGCCAUCCUUUCAUUCUUCUACAUCUAUUUCGUCGUCAGUUAGUUUGGAUUUUUCUCGGAUGGGUUACUUAGCCAGCCACACGUGGUACAACAAACUUAAGCCGUCAUCAUCAUCACAAUCAUCACAACAACCAUCAUCGCCAUCACCAUCAUCAUCAUCUCCGUCAUUACCACCACCGUUUUCAUCUCUACUCAUUUGUCCCUGGUUGCUCGUGGCAUCUGAUCACCAACGUUUCAAGUUCACACUCAUCGACUUCUCGCAACCCCACCUCAUAACGGCAGCCCCCACCACCACCACCACAACACCCACAUUCACCAAACAACAACACGACUCAAAGAAUAAAAGUUGCCUCCGUUACGCCACCAUCACUGAAGGCAACCACCUCCGACGCAAGUUUGCCAAAGAACCGCAUAGCGAUUCAACCGACUACUUAAACUCCGAGAAUCGGAACGACGAUGGAGCACUCGGUAAUUUUCCAACGGGCAGACGACUCGAUACUUCACUGCCACCCGACGUGACGACUGAACACCACGUAUGUCGUGAGAAUUCCCGCGAAAUGUUUGUUUACAUUUCGAGAACCAAUCGCGUCCAGGCGCUUUCCAAGUAUUUCGAACCUAUUGCUAAAAAUGAAUGUCUUCAACUGCCUUUUGAAAUGAGAAAACGACAAAUUGCGAUCACGCAAAGUUACCGGAAGAUCAUUCCACCCUUUUACUCCUGA